UUCUUAUAAUACAGAAUACAUAUUAAGGAAUAAUAAUGGCAAAAAUAAAAAAUAAAAAAUCAAAUUUGGCAGAUAAUUAUGCCAAAAUUAGAAAGCAACAGUUAAAUAAAAAAACUCUUACACCUUUUGAAAUACAUGUGAAUAAAACCAAGCAAAAUGUGCUGGGUAGAAAGAGCAAGGUUGAUCAUGGAUUGCCAGGAAUUGCUAGAACCAAAGCAAUUACUAAGCGUAAAAACACAUUACUCCUUGAAUACAAAGUUAAAGACAAAGAUAAUAUUUUCCUAGACCGUAGGAUAGGAGAAAAAAAUUCUGGUAUGUCAGAAGAAGAUAAAGCGAUGGCAAGAUUUGCUGCAGAAAGAAUAAAAGCGCAUAAAAAGAAAGAUAUCUUUAACUUAAAUGAUGAAGAAAUAUUAACUCACAGAGGACAAUCUUUAAUUGACAUUGAAAAAUACGAUAAUCCAAGAAGUGACGAGGAUGAUUAUAGCGAUGACGAAAAUAAGACAGGGAAGUUGGAUAAAAAAUUUGUUGAAGAUGCGCAUUUUGGUGGUGGUGUAUUAUCAAAAUCUACAUCUCAGAUGUCCAGAAAAGACUUGAUAGAUCAGUUAAUUUAUGAGUCAAAAAAGCGCAAAGCCGAAAGACAAAAAAUAAGGGAACAAACAAUUGAUUUAACAGAAAAAUUAGACUCUGAGUGGCAUGACUUAUUACCAUUGGUUUCAUCAUCCAAAUUGAAAGAAAUUGAAGACAAACCAAAAGUUGAUGAUUAUGACAUAUCCUUAAGAACAUUGAAGUAUGAAGCAAGAGGAAUGCCAACUGAUAAAUUAAAAUCAGAAGAAGAAAUUGUUAAGAAAGAAAAACUAGCUCUUGAAAAAUUAGAAGAAGAUAGAUUGAUGAGAAUGAAAGGAUUUUCGGAUGAAGCAGAAUUUCAGAGAAAUCACAAGUCAGCUGAUGAUUUAGAUAAUUUUAAAAUUGAAAGAAUUGAAGAUAAAUCAUCAGAUAAUGAAAGUAACGAUGAUAAAAUAAAAUUGAUUAAAUUAUGUAACGCGGAAAUAACAAAGAAUAAAAAAAAUAAUUCCGAAGAAGAAGUUAAUAAUGAAAUAGAUCAGGAUAACGAUGAUGAUAAAGAAGAUGAAGAAGGAAAUAAAAUAGAUGAAGACUCGGAUGAAAAUAUUGAAGAAGAAUCAGAUAAUUUAUCCGAUUUAAAAGAUUCUGACUCAUCCGAUAAUGAAAAAGAAGAAAACGUAGAAGAUAAAGCCUUUGCAAAUGCAAAUAAUAUCCAAGCAGUUGAAAAAGCUUUAUGUAAAAAUAUUGAAUGUAUAAAAGGAAAUAACAUCAAAGCAAAUGAUGAUUCAAUAGCCUCUAGCAACAAUUCCAAAGCUGAUGUAAGUAUCGGCAUAAAGGAAGCAAUGAUGGAGAAAGCUCGACAAGAAUUACCAUAUACUUUCACAGCUCCAGUAACAUAUAAAGAACUACAAGCUUUAAUUAAAGAUUACAAUCCAGAUUAUCAAUCGGUUGUUAUUGAAAGAAUUAUUAAAUGCAAUCACUGGAAAUUAUCUAAUGAAAAUAAAGAGAAGCUAUCAAAUUUAUUUUCAUUUCUUUUACAAUAUUUAAAUGACUGUACAUUUGGGAACGAUUUAGAAGAAUUAACAAAAUUCUUUCAACUUUUUGAUAGGCUAUGUCCGCAUUUAUAUGAUUUAACUCAUGCAAAUCCAGAAUCAACAAAACUCUGCUUACAUGAUAUAUUAAAAGAGAAACACAGUAUAUUUGAAAAAAGUAUAAAAACUUAUCCUAAAUUAGAUACGCUAUUUCUAUUUAAAUUAGUAUCAAUUUUAUACCCUACAUCAGAUUUUAGACAUCCAAUUGUUACUCCGUGUUUAGUCUUUAUGUCACAAAUUUUAUUCAAAUGUAAAGUAAGAAGAAAACAAGAUAUUUCUAAGGGUCUUUUCUUGUGUACACUUAUAUUAGAGUACACAAUACUCAAUAAAAGAUGGUCACCGUCCGUUAUAAAUUUCCUUCGAGGAAUAAUUUUCAUUUCUCUACCGAAACCAUUUUCAAAGCUUAUUAAAGUACUUCCACCAUUUAAAACAGCCAACGAAUUUAGUAAUUUAUUGGUUCUUGAGGAAGAUCAGAAAAAUUUAAAAGUGAAUUCCGUAACAACUAGAAUGCUAAUAGAAGAUCUAUGUUCAGAGGCAUUAGACGAUAGCUAUAGACUAAGAACAUUUAUAACUACAAUAAAUUUAUUACAUGAGUUUAAGGAGCAAUACAAAGAACUAGAUUCUGCUUAUUAUAUUUUUGAGCCUAUUUUAACAUUAUUAAAAUACGGCUCUUUAGAAAGAUAUCCAGCUGAAGUUAAAAAGAAAGUAAAUGAUUUAGUAGCUGACUUGACAAAAUUGAAUGACAAAAAAUUGAAAUAUCUUGUGUUUAAUAAAAAGAAACCAAAAGCAUUACGAAUGUACGAACCACGAAUUGAAGUUGUAUACGAUGGUAAGAAGCACAAACCCAUGUCCAAAGCAAAGGCUGAAAGAGAAAAAUUGCUUCACAAGCUUAAGAAAGAAACAAAGAGUGCUAUUCGAGAGGUACGAAAAGAUAAUGCAUUCUUAUCUAAAGUAAAAAUAAAGCAGCAAAUUGCAAGUGAUAUAGAACGUAAGCGAAAGGUUAAAGAAAUUUUCGGCGAUGCUGCAAAACAACAGAGUGAAAUUAAAAAAUUCAAAAGAAAGUAAUAUAUUACUGUAAAUA